AUGCCAAAGCGCAAGCAGAUUCGUGCGGAAGGCCGAGGUACAUCGGAUGACACGGAUGAUUCUAGCAACGAAAGCGGGAGCCCUUCAGACAGGCCGGAUGGAAAGAGAGUCAGAUGGCAAGGCAAAGGCGGGUUGACGCUUCAGGACGAAUACUCAGAGGCAAGUUCGGACGAAGAGGUUUCCGAACCCUCUGAAAAGACCCAACAGACCUGCCUAGCUGCUCUGUGCUCUCACGGCAGCCUCGGAUGCGCAUACUACGACCCAAAUACAAGGGUGCUGUCCCUCCUAGAAGACACACAGGACACUCUACACUUCGAUCUUACACAAAUGUUGCUGGAACAAGUCAAUGCGGACGUCGUUUUGACAAGCACCAGGUCAGACGACGAAUUCAUUGAUGCGUUGAACGGUCACAUGGAAGGGAAGGAUUCCCUGUUUCAAAUCCGCCCUUGCAAAGAUUUCGCGGCUUCUAAGGGAAAGAGUAGACUUUUAUCGCUGAGCCGUUUUGCCACACUAGCAUCCGACGACCAUGUCCUUCCACCAUCUUCUGACACUGGCUCAGACUCCUCUCGCGACCGUCCUCACAAUGCUUAUGAUUUCAUGCGGUCGAGACGUGAGGUAACAGGCGACCCAACGGCCAAACGCUGGAAUGCCUCCGUUAGGUUGUCCAACUUCGCUUCAGUUGACUCUGCCCCUCUUUGUAUGGCUUCUGUUGGCGCACUUCUGGAUCAUAUCGUUCGAGAACGUGCCUCAACCGAUUUCGAUGACGACGGCGUUGGCAGUCUGGAUAUCUGCGAUAUAGAGAUUUUAUCGCUAGAUCAAGUAAUGCAAAUAAAUGCAGAUGCCCUGCUGUCUCUCCAAGUAUUUGAAAAUGAAAGUCAUGCUUCUGUUCACUCUGACAAGACGAAAGAAGGCUUGUCGCUCUUCGGGAUUUUGAACAAUACCAAGACCACCUUGGGUCGUACUCUUCUCAGGACAUGGCUACUGAGGCCUUCGCUAUCCCUACAAGUUAUUCGUGAUCGUUUAGAUGCCGUGGGAUGCUUCGUGCGACCCGAAAAUCUAUCCUCAGCUAGCCUCCUCCGAACGCAUCUCAAGGGUCUCAAAAAUAUACCCAGAAUCAUGGGUUUGAUGAGGACUGGGAAAUCCAAACUAGUAGACUGGCAAGGUCUUGUCAAGUUUACAUACCACGCAACAAUGCUCAGAGACUCAUUGUCUGAGCUGCAUGAGGCAAGUGGAAUCGACGUUGUGAAAAGGCUCAUUCGAGCCUUGGACACUGCAACUUUCAAGGAGUUGGGUAGCAGAAUCAACGAGAUCAUUGAUUGGGAAGAAUCUUCCACCAAUGAACGUGUAUGCGUGCGACCUCAUAUCGAUGAAGACCUGGACAACAGAAAGCAUGUUUAUCACGGGAUCGAUUCAAUUCUGUCAACCGUUGCAGAACAAAUUGCCGAUACCGUCCCACCCGAUUUCGCGGCCUCUCUCAAUGUUGUCUACUUCCCUCAGCUAGGUUAUCUCAUAUGUGUCCCGAUGUUAGAGGAAUGGCGCUCAGAGGCUGGCAUUCAACCAAUUGAGGGUUGGUCAUUUCAAUUCUCUUCUGAAGAGUUGGAGAUAGUGCAGAAGCUCCUCGAAGAAGUGUUGGCAUCCGACGGAGCUAUCGGAGGCGCAUGCGAUGUUUCCGGGGAGCUUGAUUGUCUUCUGUCGUUUGCAGAGACCUCAAGGCUGUUCAACUAUCAACGUCCAGAAAUGGUCGAGGAAAAUGUCAUCGAAAUACUUCAAGGAAGACACCCCUUGCACGAGCAAGUUGUUGACACGUUCGUGCCCAAUGAUGCUCGCAUUCUCGGCGGAGCAGGAAUCGAUUCUAAUCUCGAUCCACCUGAUGACGACCACCAAUGGAACAGUGUUCUGCUUUGUACAGGAGCUAAUGCAUGCGGAAAGAGCGUGUAUUUGAAACAGAUAGCUCUCAUCCAGAUAAUGGCUCAGCUCCUUCCGCCCCCUUGGUGUGACUGGAUUCGCUUUGCAGCACGUGCUCCAACUGGCGACGUCUCCACAGACGGUGCAGGAUUGUUCUGUGGAGUCCUUCAGCACCUCCUCAACCGCGGUUCUAAUUGCCCCAAAGUCCUUGUCGCUACUCACUUCCACGAUGUUUUCAAUGAGGAACUUCUCGACCCAGAGUGCAUACCCGUCUCCUUCCGCCAUAUGCAGGUCAUGUUCACGUCGAGAACCGGUGCGGUUGUGGAGUCCAGUUCUUUUGACCCUUCUUCUGCUACUGGCUGCACUUCGCCUUCAGCCAGUACUGUCGAAGACGAUAUAGCAACGAGGAAAAUAGGGCCGGCUGAGAAGAUAACUUAUCUAUACAGAGUUGCCGAAGGUCUCUCUCUGGAUUCACAUGCGGCGAAAUGCGCGGAAAUAUUCGGUAUACCAUUGAGGAUCGUUGAGAGAGCACAAUAUGUCAGCCACUUGUUGUCUACUCAUGAACUCGGGCGUCUCCUCGAUGAAGAAAUGUCCGACAUAGAACGUAAAGAUCUGGAAAAUGCGGAAGCUGUGUGUCGUCGCUUCCUGGCUUGGGACCUCAAAGCUGAUGAAGAGUCGGACCUUCACGAGGGUGAAGUUAAGAGAAAACUUAGACAAGUUUUAGGAAAGGGAACAGGUGAUGAGGACGACGAUACGGACGACGAGUGA